AAGGUGCUGUUAUAGCAGCUCUGAAAGAAAAGGGUCGGCUGCUUUGAUCAACGUUGAUCACCUUGUCAAGUUUUUGCGCCUGAAAGUCACCAUGGGCCUCUUUACAGACCUGACGCUCGCGAAGAGCAAGACCAAGGAGGAGGUUACACCUGUCGAACCUUUUUCCAACGUCACCAUCGACGCAGAGAAGGAUGCAGGGUCUGCCACUCCGUCCGAGAAAGCCAAAGAGGAAGGUCCCUUCACUGCCAAUGCGCAGGCUGGUGUCAAGAGAGUCGAAGCAGCUACAACCGUCUGGACCAAAUGGCAUCUCAUCGGUGCCUAUGCAAUCAUCUGGUGGAUCUACUUCGUAACUGCUUUGCAGGAAGUCGUCACUCGUGCCCUCAACCCAUACGUGGUUUCGGCUUUCAAACUCCAUUCUCUUACUGCUGCCACUGGUAUCGUGUCUUCUAUCGUUGGCGGCCUCUUCAAGAUUCCGCUUGCGAAGUUGCUCGAUACGUGGGGUCGACCUCAAGGACUUCUCAUAUCCCUCUUAAUGUGGAUUGUAGGGUAUAUUAUGAUGGCUGGCUGCAACAACGUGGAAACCUAUGCAGCUGCAAAGGUCUUCUCGUCUACUGGAUCUCAGGCUGUCUCGUACAUCCUUACCGUCUUUAUCGCCGAUACUAGCAGUCUGAAGAACCGUGCUCUUAUGCUCUCAUUCGCAACCUCGCCCUAUAUCAUCACAACCUGGAUUGGAGGUCCCGUUGCAGAGUCCACCUUGGACGGCCCUGGAUGGCGUUGGGGCUUCGGCAUCUUCGCUAUUGUUAUCCCAGUUGUGGUGAUCCCCCUUGCAGUCCUCGUGCUCUUCAAUGAUCGCAAGGCUAAGAAGAUGGGACUGCUUGACGAGACCAAGGUCAAGUGGACGCCAGCCAACAUCAAGAAGUUCUGCGUUGAUAUUGACCUGGUGGGUAUCCUCAUCCUGACAGCUGGCAUGGCUUUGUUCCUGCUGCCGUUCAGUCUGUGGUCCUACCAGGGCGAGCAGUGGAAGUCGCCUAUGAUCAUCUGUAUGCUCGUCUUUGGCUUCGUCCUUCUGCUCAUCUUUCCGAUCUGGGAGAAGUACUUCGCCCCGGUUACAUUCAUUCCAUACGAGCUACUCCUGGAUCGCACUGUGUUUAUGGCUGGAAUGAUGUUCGUCUUCAACUACUUCAACAGCGCAGUCUGGGGAUCCUACUUCUCCUCCAUGCUGCAGGUUGUCUGGAACUUGAGCGUAACCGAGGCCUCGUACGUGACUCAGGUCUUCCGCGUCGUCCAAUGCGGCUGGUGCUUCUUCGUUCUUGGGCCUCUCAUCCGCUAUACCGGACGGUUCAAGUGGACUCUCACCUACUUUGCGCUGCCUCUCGAUAUCCUCGCAAUCGGUCUCAUGAUUCAUUUCCGUCAGCCCGGUACCAGCAUCGGCUACAUUGUCAUGACACAGAUCUUUACGGCAGUAGCUGGAGGGACCAUAGUCAUCGGUGGAGAACUGGCAAUGAUGGCACCCUCUGAUCAUCAACAUAUUGCAGUCAUCCUUGCUAUUCUCAAUCUCUUCUGCUCCAUCGGUUCUGCAGCCGGUUCGUCUGUCAGUGGUGCCAUCUGGACCGGAACCUUCCGGAAAAACCUCAUCAAGUACGUCCCAGCAGGUGUCAACGUUGACGCCAUCUAUGCUGCUUUGCCUAAACAAUUGUCGUAUGCAUGGGGUUCUCCUGAGCGCAUGGGUAUCGCAAGGGCUUAUGGCGAUUCGCAAAGAUUGAUGCUGAUCACGAGUAUCUGCAUGUUGUCUUUGGCUCUGAUCUGCUCUGUGUUCAUCCGCGAUAUCAACAUUAAGCACAGCAAGCAGGUUAUAGGCCGCGUUGCCUAGACUGCC